GUGUAGUCCAAUACCAUUGCGUUACGCACCCCGAAUACACGUGAAAACUACGACUCCCACAUAGCUUGAGCACAGCCACACGAGCUGUGCUGUCUGUAUGAAUGCUGAACUUGGUUUAAUUUGAACAGGAGUGCGCGUUUGUUUAUUCCUGUUUAUUAGUUGGAAUAAUACAUAAAUAAACCCUUUUUGUUUCACAAUGGCGGAAUUGGACGGAGAAAUAGUCUACCAGAGUGGCAGAACAGAAGUGGGUGAGUCUUUCUGUGAGGAUACAGCGCUGGUCAGAGCCUAUGACAAGGCAUUACAGAGCUUCCCAGCGAUGGAGCGCGAGGGCUGUCACCCGCACGUCAUUGUCCCGGGGGAAUCUGAAGGAGAGAACGAGACAAAGAGAGAGGAAGAGGAAGACAAGGGGACAAAAGUGCAGUGGCAGGUGGGGUGGCGGUGCUGUGCAGUCUGGUCGGAGGAUGGGCUGGUGUACCCCGCAAUGGUGCGCAAGCUGUUGCCGGACCGAGGGAGGUGUGUAGUUCGGUUUGAGGGCUACGGGAACGAGGAGGAGCAGGAUCUCAGCGCCCUGCUGCCAGCCCAGGACCCUGAGCCCUCCAGUCCCACCCAAACCCAGGACUCUGAGCCCUCCGGUCCCACCCAAACCCAGGACUCUGAGCCCUCCGAUCCCACCCACACCUCUGAACCACAACCAGAAUCUGGACAGGCAUCACAGUGGCAGGUUGGGUGGCGGUGCUGUGCAGUCUGGUCGGAGGAUGGGCUGGUGUACCCCGCAGUGGUGCGCAAGCUGUUGCCGGACCGAGGGAGGUGUGUAGUUCGGUUUGAGGGCUACGGGAACGAGGAGGAGCAGGAUCUCAGCGCUCUGCUGCCAGCCCAGGACCCUGAGCCCUCCGGUCCCACCCAAACCCAAGACUCUGAGCCCACCCACACCACAGAACUACAUGAGGAGGAGGAUGGCGAGGAUGAAAGCCGCCCGGAGUCUUUGAAACCUGUGAAAAAGGAAAAGGCAAAGAAGCAGGGCCGCUCCUGCCCUGAACGCAACCACGCUUUCCCGUUCCCCUUCCCGUUCCCCCCCCCAAUGCCACAGGGAUACAGCGGCGGGCCCACCUUCCUGCCCCUCCCGCCCCCUCCCCCUCCCCCUCCCCCUGCCUUCACUUUCCACUCCUCUAACUGUGAAGGAGCUGCUGACGAGAUCGACGUGGACUCGCUGUCCAGCAUGCUGCUCUCCUGGUACUUGUGUGGAUAUCACACCGGCUUCCACCUGGGCUUGCAGCAGGGUCGAGCAGAAGCUGAGAAAAACUGUGCCAAAAUCAAACAAGCUCAGCUGAACACCAAUAAGAAACUCAGGAAGAACCUCUCAUAGAGGUAUGUUCAGCAGACCCUGUCCUUCUCUCCUGUUACUGCAGCACUGCAGACAGAAGUGCUUCAGUGGCUGCUUGUAAUCUGAUUCACACAAGUUUUUUCUGAACAGAAAAAGAAAAAAAAAUCAAAUCUUUGCAUUUGAAUAAUUUUUUUGGUAUUCCUGCACUAAAUUUAUGAAUUUACAAUACAUGGCGUAUGCAGUACGUCUCCCAGCUGAUGUAUCUGCACUGUUUUAUUCCAAGUGAACGUUCACAUCGAUCAUCUUUUCGUUAUUAGUUUGGGAGCUGUUGGCUGCCGCUUGCUCCUUGUCUGCAGCUCAAUACCUUUUAAUAACGGUUUUGGGCAGAUCUUGUUUGAAAGGGUCUGUCUGUCGCCUGUGUUUCAUUACAGAUGUGUUCGGAUACAACAGCAAGCUGGUGACAGCGGUCAGACAUUAUCAGGCCUGAUUGGGAUUCAGACUCGGCAGAGCUGCGUCUCCCUCGGUCUGCUCCUCUGCUGUCAGAGUGCAAUGAGGGUCUGGACUAAUGUGAUGUGGAGCAGAUAGGCUCAGAUGAGUGCGGAUCCUAACUCCCUACCCACUUGAUUUUGCACUUCAGCAAUGAUCUCAUUGGAUGUUUCUGAAUACUGAUGUAACAUGUAUGUUAAUGGAAAUUACCUCUAUUUAAAAACCGACCAUAAUAUUUGAAUGCAUUUUUGCAGAGUGCCGCUGUGUUUUUGUAACUUCUAAAGCACGCAAUUAAAAAAUGCAAGGUUUGCCAUGUUAUUUUUCUGAGCUUCAAAUGAGCUCCUGCACAGUGCAUCCUGCAGGAAAUAGGUAGACCAUGUGGUAUAUCAGCAUGGUUCUGUGUUUCAACAAUGAAGACAGAAAAUGCAUUCUUGAAAUCCAUGUAAUUGUUUAUUAAAAUGUUAUGGACCAUUUAGGUAUGUUUUUUAAAUAGGGGUGAUUGCAUUUAAAAUAAGAUUUAAACUCUGUCAAACUGGCAAUAAAUGAGAGAAGACUAGAGGUAACUCUUCCACAAUGUAUAGUGCAUUAUUACUCCAGUCCAUUGCGUGGAUUGACUCUGGUACCAACUUCUUAAGGGAUCUACCCAGGUCUGCUUUAGAGGUACCAGAGGAAAGUCUGAUUCGGUACAUGCUAAAGCUAUACCCAAGUUUCAUGCCACUUUCACAUGAAGCCCUGUUUGUGUUGUUUUCUCAGCACUUGUCUCCCUGUGCUCGCUUCUCGUUGUUGCAGGGGAUUCAAGCAAAAAGAACUGGUCAGAAUCUCAGGGCUGGACCUGGUCAAGAAGAUCUGCGCUGUUAAUUCUCAUCAUCACCAGAUAGAUGUUCUUUUCUCUUUUGAGUAUGGUGGACACGCCACCAUGACUGGAAAUGCCCUUUCAGAUUCACUUUGGUUUUGUCCGAUAUCGUCUGCUUUCGCAGACCCUGAUUAGCACUACACCUGGGCUAGCGUACCCCAGGUAACAUUAGGCAGUCCCAUGAACCCAGGCGGUCAUUCCUUUUUGCUAAUGUGUGAUACAGCCGGUGACAUUUGUAAGUAAGGUGUUUUUGCCAUUGUAAAUAAAAUAAACGCUGUUUGUUUUUUGGA